GCCCCGGAGUCUUUUCGAAAGGGGAUAUAACGUCAGCACGUCUCGGCGUGAGACGGCGACAUUCCGGCGUGUUGUAGAGCUUCCGGUGGAGACUGGAUGUUGAUGUCCUGCGUUUAACGCUGUGUUGGGGGUCUUGUAGACGCGAUCCGGUGGUGUCCGGAGCAAUUCCAGUGUCUGCUGCGGUAACCUUAUCAGCCCGCCAAGAUGGCGAUGCAAGCGGCCAAGAGGGCGAACAUUCGACUUCCACCUGAAGUAAAUCGGAUUUUAUACAUAAGAAAUUUGCCAUACAAAAUCACAGCUGAAGAAAUGUAUGAUAUAUUUGGAAAAUAUGGACCUAUUCGUCAGAUUCGAGUGGGGAACACUCCUGAAACCAGAGGAACCGCUUACGUCGUCUACGAGGACAUCUUUGAUGCCAAAAACGCAUGUGAUCACCUUUCAGGAUUCAAUGUGUGUAACAGAUACCUGGUGGUUUUGUACUAUAAUGCCAACAGGGCAUUUCAGAAGAUGGACACAAAAAAGAAGGAAGAACAGCUGAAGCUUCUCAAGGAGAAAUACGGCAUCAACACAGAUCCACCAAAAUAAACAUUUUCUGCAUUUUCCUUUUGGACUAAAACCCAUGAAUGACCACCAUCACCCUUUCUUUGUUUUGUAAUUAAUACUGUUAUGAUUUCUUAAUUGAGAUUCAAAACAACCUGCUUGAAACUUUGAUACAUGUUAAAAUAUGUUAUAUGAAUAAACUUGUAGCUUUUUGUAAAACA